UACUUUCUUAAUUCUAAUUUACAUUAUUUUGAAGACUUCCACUUGUUUCUGGUAUUUCUAGUUGAACUUGUUUCCGGUCAGUGCCUGAGUUUACCCGCUACCAGACUUGAGUAAACUAGCAUUAUUGUCCUACACCAGUUGGAGCAAUUUAAAAAAACACACAAUUUUCUCUCUGGAAUAAACUGUAACAUAUUAGCGUUUGCAUUAGAAGCAACUUCAUUUUUUCAGGCACUGUUAGUCUAUGAAACGCUGCUCUUUAUCACCAUCUAGUGGAUUUAAUAAAAAACAACGAAUUUCUAAUGUAUUCCUUGUACACAGUAGACGUGAAUGAAUGACAACCAGCAAGUAUCCGAUAUCACUGCAGUGUAGUUAUAACAACAUAUAAACUGAACUUACAGGUUACCUAUUGCGCAUGAUCUACUCUGUUGAUUUGUAAGGAAUGGUUUGACUUCCAGUUGUAUUAGGAGAGUUUUCACAUCAGUGAAGUUCUCUUUCAUUUAUGGUUUGAAGUUCACGUUGGGGUUGGGUGUGUUCUAUAGCAGCAGCUGGGGCUUCACUUAAUCCAGGACUUAUAGCAACUGCUGAAGGCUUUUCUGCUCCUGCCAACAGUUUAAAGAAUAUGAAAACUCUUCGCUAUGCGUAUACUCCACUGAAGAAUCACACUCAAGAAGCGGUUUCUAGUGAUGAUUCUGAUUUUGAAUGCAUUGAGUAUCCUGAUGUAAAGAGUGACAAACAGAUUAACAAGAAACACACAGAGGAACCGUAUGAGCCCGUCUUGGUUGGCAAAAGCCUAAUCCUAAAAUCAGAGGACAUCAAGCAGAUCGGCAAACAUCUGCCUCCAAGAGUCCUGGGUUGUAAUUGGAAACUUGUAUAUAGCACAGACAAAAAUGGCUUCAGUUUGAGGACCAUGUAUAGAACCAUGACUGGAAUCAGUUCCCCAAUUCUGCUGUUCGUUAAGGACAACGAGGGGCAGGUCUUUGGUGCUUUUUCAUCAGCUGAGCUCAGAGUUAGCCCUAAUUUCUAUGGAACCGGAGAGAACUUCUUAUUUAACUUCACUCCAGAACUAAAGGUUUUCCCAUGGACUGGUGACAAUAUGUUCUUUGUAAGAGGGGAUGCACAGUCAUUGACAUUUGGAGGUGGCAAGUGUGGUAAAUUCGGCCUGUGGCUCGAUGGAGAUCUAUUCCAUGGACGGAGUCAGAAAUGUGAAACCUUCAACAAUAACAUAUUAUCUACAAAUGAACAGUUCCAGAUCCAUAACCUUGAGGUCUGGUCUCUCACAUAAUGUAAAAUAAACUUUCAUGACUCUUCCAAUCCUGAUCUUUCUAUUGAAGUCAUCAUAUUCUAAAUUGUCUGCUGAAGCCUUUCAAUCCUGACAUGUCAACUUAUGUUAUCUUACCAUGAAUUGUCUGCUGAAGUCAACAACUCCUGACAUGUCAGCUGAUGUUACCAUAUUCUGAAUUGUUUGCUGAAGCCAACUACUCCUGACAUGUCAGCUGAUGUCAUCUUAUUCUGAAUUAUCUGUUGAAGCCAACUGAUCCUGACAUGUCAGCUGAUGUCAUCAUAUUCUGAAUUAUCUGCUGAAACCUUGCAAUCCUGACAUGUCAGUUUAUGUCAUCUUGUCAACUUAUGUUAUUUUAUCCCGAAUUGUCUGCUGAAGCUUUGCAAUCCUGACAUGUCACUGAUGUUAUCUUAUCCUGAAUUGUCUGCUUAAGCCUUGUAAUCUUUGACUGAACUUUCUACAGAAGCUAACUAAUCCUGACAUGUCUAAUCCUGAUUCUGAAAUGUCUACUGAUGCCAACUAAUCCUGACAUGUCUAAAGCCAUCUGAUCCUGAAAUGUCUACUGAUGCCAACUAAUCCUGACAUGUCAAAAGCCAUCUGAUCCUGAAAUGUCUACUUAUGCCAUCUGAUUCUGACAUGUCGAAAGCCGUCUGAUCCUGACAUGUCUCCUGAUGCCAUCUGAUACUGAAUUGUCUGCUGAAACCAACUGAACUGACAUGUGUAAAGCCAUCUGAUACUGAAUUGUCUGCUGAAACCAACUGAACUGACAUGUGUAAAGCCAUCUGAUACUGAAUUGUCUGCUGAAACCAACUGAACUGACAUGUGUAAAGCCAUCUGAUCCUGAAAUGUCUACUGAAGCCAGCUGCUCCUGACAUGUCUAAAGCCAUCCGAUCCUGAAAUGUCUACUGAAGCCAACUGACCCUGACAUGUAUAAAGCCAUCUGAUCCUGACAUGCCUACAGAUGCCAUCUGAUCCUGACAUGCCUACAGAUGCCAUCUGAUCCUGACAUGCCUACAGAUGCCAUCUGAUCCUGACAUGCCUACAGAUGCCAUCUGGUCCUGACAUGCCUACAGAUGCCAUCUGAUCCUGACAUGCCUACAGAUGCCAUCUGAUCCUGACAUGCCUACAGAUGCCAUCUGAUCCUGACAUGUCUACUAAAACCAACUGAUCCUGACAUGUCUAUCUAUUUCACCUGAUCCUGGAUUGUUUGCUGAAGCCACCUGAUUCUGAAUUAUCUGCCAAAGCCAUGUCAUCCUGAUUUUCCUGCUGAAAUUUUCUUAACCUGAAUUGUCUGCUUGAUCAUCGGAAUGUUCUUUCUUUUUUUUACCUGGUCAGAGCCCAAUCAGUGAUUUUAUCCUGAACAAUAUAUUGAACCAAGCUCAGUCUGUCCAAUCAAAUUUAACAGAAUCCAUAAUUUUCUCUACCAUCUAAAUAAUGCAUCCUAUUCUAAUACAGCUUCAAAACCUUCAUGAUUGUGAUUCAUGUUCAGUUCUAUGGCAGUCUGUCUCCAUCUAAAUGAUCCCACUUGUGAUGUAUCCAAUUAGUAUACUUCCAUUUGCAGAACGCUUCUAGUAAAAGUUAGCAGUGCUUAGUGAUAAUUUUUAAUGUGUACCAAGUCUGCUUAGGACUCAAAGAAUGAAGUGAGAAUGUCUGUUUAACCAGGCCACCUAUCUCUUUCUGCUACAUCCAUUCUAUUUGUGAUCUUUCACCUGCUCUUAUUCUACUCUGAUUCACCUUAUGUGCAACUUUUUUAAAUUGAUGCUAUCUGUGAGUCUCCAUCCUUAUUCAGUAUUUCCCAUCUCCUAAAUCCAUCUAGUUUGCAAUCUAUUGUUUUUCACAUUACAGUAAUCCAUGUUUCCCCAAUACCCCAUGUGGUGCAGCUGGUAUAUUAGUAUACUCAUGUAACUAAAAGUGAUAUCACCUGGGAAACAGAAUUGCUAAUAUUGAGAUAAAUUUAAAAUGCAUUCUUAGAAACAGGGCCUUUUUUUCUAUAUUUUAUGUUAUCUGCAGUGAAAUGAAUUUAAAUGUACCUUCCAUGCUAGUAUUUUAGUGGUAUAUGUGUUUGUAUAUGUAAUCAUUUAUAAUCAUCCACACUUUUUUGUUAAUACAAAACAAAAAUGUAAAAACAGUGUUUUUAUUGUAGCUAUGCAUUUUUAUAUUAAAAAAAUGUGUACAAAUA